UGGCAGUCGCCUCUUUUAGAAUUUCCUUUAUGAAGAAUGGAUUUCACAGAGGCCUAUUCUGAUCGAUGUUCUGCUGUGGGACUUGCAGCUAGAGAAGGAAAUGUGAAAAUGCUCAGGAAACUAAUUAAAGAGGGAUACAGCAUUGAUGUCCCGGAUAACAGGGGAUGGAUGCCAAUCCAUGAAGCAGCGGUCCGCAACUCAGGAGAAUGUCUGAGGCUACUAAUUCGGGCUGCUCCUUCUGAGAAGUACCUCCGAGCAGAGACCUUUGAAGGGAUGUGUGCGCUGCACCUCUCCGCCAGCCACGGGUGCGCGCAGAGCGUCCGCGCUCUCCUGCAAGCGGGAGCCGAUCCCAACGAGGUCACCACCGAGGCCACCACGCCGCUCUUCCUAGCUGUUGAAAAUGGACAUACAGACAUUGUAAAGCUUCUGCUUCAGCAUGGAGCAAAUGUUAACGGACAUCACUCUUGGUCUGGAUGGAAUUCUUUGCAUCAAGCUUCUUUUCAGGGAUAUACUGAGAUAAUAAAAAUUCUCCUGGAGAAAGGAGCGAACAAGGAAUGUGAGGAUGACUUUGGAAUYACCCCUUUGUUUGUGGCUGCUCAGUAUGGGAAGCUGGAAAGUUUACGCACACUUGCMUCCUAUGGUGCCAACGUCAACUGUCAAGCCAAGGACAGAGCCAGUCCCCUGCUGAUCGCGGCGCAGGAGGGUCACGCCGCGUGCGUGGAGCUGCUGCUCUCCAAAGGGGCCGACCCCAAUCUCUACUGUAACGAGGAGGAAUGGCAGUUACCCAUCCACGCAGCAGCUGAAAUGGGCCAUAAGAAUAUCCUGGAGUUGCUCAUACCACUUACUGAUCGGAUCUGUGACCAAGGAAAGGAUAAAGUGAGCCCCGUGUAUUCGGCGAUCUACGGUGGGAAUAAGGAAUGCCUGGAGAUGUUACUUGAGCAAGGCUACAGUGCGGAUGCUCAGAAGUGCCUCACCUUUGCCUGCAGGUCACCCAUGUGCAUGGUUUUCCAGAAAGAGUUUUUCGACUUUAUCGACAUUCUCCUCAAAUACGGGAUCACCCUCCUGGGGAUUAACUUGGGAUAUUGCCUGUUGCAUGGGAAGUUCGCCUUGUUCCGCCGCUUCUUGGCGUUGGGCUGUGAGCUGCCCUCUGAGGAGCAGCUGCCCGAGUUCGUAGGCCACGCGGCGAAAGCGCACGAGCACCACGCCGAGUGGCUGCCUCCCCUGCUCUUGGCUGGCUUUAAUCCUCUGCAUUUGCUUGGCAAGCCGUGGAUUUGUUCUGUCAACGGGGAUGCCCUUAAUUUUGUUCUGGAAUUCACGAACUGGAAGAGACUUCCCCCAGCUGUGGAACGGAGCCUUUCGGACUGCAAAGAGAGCUCCGCUUGGAUUCCAAGCAGGCAUUUUGCCGUCAUCCCUCCCUUGUCUCAUCUCUGUCGUCUGGAGAUCUGGUCCAUCUUAAAGCGCGGGCGCCUGCGGUCCGAGCAGUUCAUCYGCAGACUGCCCUUACCAGCCUGCCUCCAGGACUACCUCCUCUACCAGGAUGUGCUGAAGGCGAGCGGCAUUCCCGCAGCCGUGGGCUCCUUGCGCAUGGGCACCGAGGGAAUUGCUGCUCCCGGUCAAGGCAGCUCCACUGGGGCCAGCGGAGCCGGUGCUACUGCUCCCAGGUGAUGGCUCUGCCUGCCAUGGAGCUCUGCCGCUGUGGAAUUCACGGUGGGAUUUGGCCAUCGGCCAGGGAAGAGCUGCUCUGUACAGAGCACUUGCUAGUAACAGGCCUCUUCAUGGGGUGGUUUUCUAAUGGAUCUGGGAGUUUGUUGCGAGAUCUGCGAGGUGCUUGUUUAGAAAGUCUGCCACAGACCCUCAGUCUGCAAAAGUUUUCUGUUUCUGAAAGGAACUUCUUGACUCUUAAGGAGUUAAAUUAGUUUGUUCAAUGAACGGAGCUUAUAAAAGGUUGAAAUGUAGUUGGUCAGACACUGUUAAUACUAACACUUUAUUCCUAGGAGGGCUUUUUCCAAUUGCAAUAUCUGGAAGUCAGGGGUACCUUGUACUACUACAGCUUUAGAUGUUGAGGAGUGAUCUAGGUGAACCAGAAAUAAGAACCUAAUGGAAAAAAGUGUUGUAGAAUCAACUGUUUUCUUGGUCCUCUCUAUUCAUGACUUGAAGGUGUUCAUUCUUUGGUCAUCACUUUCAGCCAUCUUUCAGUGCCUCUCCUAUACUGCUUUCAUUGAAGCAAUUUCAGGAUAUUCAUUUGAAUAUAAAAAGCAAAAAAGGACUUUGAAUGCCCCAUUUAUUGUUCAUCCUCCUUAUGAACUUACGCACCGAAGUUUUUCUGUACAGUCAUUGCAAAAUAUCAUUGGAGUAUCUGUUAAUCCAGACACAGAUAUGAAUAUCAUAUAUUUUUUUUCUAUGGAAAACCUGUGUAAACCUGAUCCAUAUCUUUUCUUAAGUGCUACAAAAAUAAAAUGCUUUCAGAAAGACUGAAGUGUCUGUCAUGACUCAACCUCCUCAGCUUGCUGAUG